UUUGUACAGAAGUCAACCGCACCUCUCUCGUUCUCUUUCUCUUCUUCGAUUCUCAAAGUCAGUCAUGGAUGGGAGCUGCGUGGAAGAGGCAUCCAGCGACUCUCUGCGAUACGAUAUCGUCGACGACGGCGCUCUUCGCAGAAUGGGCAGUGGCCUCGGCGUGGUGUUCGACCCUGUUCCGAAAGGAGGAGGAGGCGGCGGGGGGAUGGAGGUGGAGUCGAGGAAGCUGCCGUCGUCCGGGUACAAAGGCGUGGUCCCGCAGCCCAACGGCCGAUGGGGCGCGCAGAUCUACGAGAGGCACCAGCGCGUGUGGCUCGGCACGUUCGCCGAGGAGACAGAGGCUGCGCGCGCGUACGAUGCCGCCGCGCAGCGCUUCCGCGGCCGCGACGCCGCCACCAACUUCCGGCCGCUGGCGGAGUCCGACGAGGAGGCGGCGGCGGCGGAGCUGUCCUUCCUCGACGCGCACUCCAAGGCCGAGAUCGUGGACAUGCUGCGCAAGCACACCUACCGCGACGAGCUGGAGCACUGCAAGCGGGGCGGCGUGCUCGGGAAGAGGAAGAACCCCGCCGGCGGGUACCGGAAGCCAUCGCCUUCGCCCAGGGAGAUGCUGUUCGAGAAGGCCGUGACGCCGAGCGACGUGGGGAAGCUGAACCGGCUGGUGAUUCCCAAGCAGCACGCGGUGAAGCACUUCCCGCUAAGUCUCCCUGCCGGCGGCGGCAUCGGCAAGUGCGUGUUGCUCCACCUGGAGGAGGACGGCGACGGGAAGAAGUGGCGCUUCAAGUACUCUUACUGGAACAGCAGCCAGAGCUACGUGCUGACCAAGGGGUGGAGCCGGUUCGUCAAGGAGAAGCAGCUCAAGGCAGGGGACACCGUCAGCUUCUGGCGGUCCAUCGGGCCGGAGAAGCAGCUCUACAUCGAGUGGAGGAGCAGCGCCGCCGAGAGAUCCCGUCAAUCCGCACCUCCGGCGGUGAGGUUGUUCGGUGUCAACAUAACGGAACCGCCGGCGGGCGGCUGCCAGUUGUUGAAGAAGCAAUUCAUAGAGGUUUUGUAGUGUGUUGGGAUGAUCCAUCAUCACCUUCAACUUCUCAAAUUGACAAUUUGAGAUUUGUACAUUGUCAAAAAACACUACCUCAAUCCAUCCUCCUCAUUCUCAAAUUAAUGUAUACAAAUAUAUAAAAGAUUGAAAUUAAGAUAUAGUCGAAAGAUUAAAGAGUAUUUUGUAUUGGAAGAACAAUUA